AUGAGAAUUGUGGAUCCGAUUUUGGUCAAUAAUAAGUACAUAUACAAACUGCAGCUGAAAGCUAUGGCAAGAAAUGUUUAUAUAGAAAAAAAUCGAGGCAGUUUAUUUCUAGUGAUUGCUCGGCUCUGUCAAAUUGCCGAGGGGCUGGUUCGACCGGGUGCGUUCAGGAAACAUGAAAUGGAGGGUAAAGAGAAAAAAUCCGCAACUGGAAUCAUUAAUGAAAACAGUAGGGAAAACAGAUGCGUAGGAAAAAGCUCCGUGAGGAUAUGCAAGCGAAUGCUGCAAUCACUAGCAUUGCAUGUCGUCCAUACACGCAGAAACGAAUCAUAUAGAAGACAACGAAGCGUAUCAACAUACUUGACCCCUAUUUCAAGGAAAAAGGAAAAUACGCUACAUGAGUCUAAGAAUUGGAAAAUGGGAGGAGGCGAUGGUAAUCGGCACAAUGAAUAUCUGGAAGAAUUCGUUCCAGAUUAUGAAGUACAUGAUAGAUAG